AAGGAAGAGAUCUUUCAGCCGUUACUCGACGCUAACGGUGAUCCGAUUUGUUUGGAUCCUCUGCCAGUUGAGAGUGAACUAGAGACGAUAGCGACGACGGCGGCAACGUCGGAGCAGCGUGACUGCGUGACCAUGAUCGAAGACCAUCCCGAGGAGACUCUAAUGGAUGUUAAGAUGGAGGAAGAUCAACAGCAGGUACUGACAAACGCUGGAUCGCCCAUGAUGACGUCUGCUGCGAUCGCCGAUCAGAUCAAAAUCGAACCACCCGAUGAGCUUCUAACUGGUGGUAUCAGUGGCGGCGGCCUAGGAACCGGCAUUGGUCAUAUGUCGACCGAGAGUACUGUUACCGUGCCCGGCGCGGUGCAAUAUAUUCCCUCGUUCCUUGGAAACGCUUCUUCGGUUGCCAGCCCCAUCGUGACAGCUGCCACUACUAUUCCGCUGUCGACUACGGCUACAAUCAAGGUUGAACCAUCUGCCUCAUCGUCUACGGUGUUGCCCUCCGCAUCAUCGCUGCCGCUAAAUCACAUCAACUCGAUUCCCGCGUCUACGCUCGUCGUGUCGCAACCGUCGGCCGUCUUUUCGUCAUCGGGUGUACCAACGGUGGUGUCCGUUUCGUUGGCACAGAGUGGUUUAACUGGUACACUCCAUCAGAUCGUACCGCAUUCGUCUACCCUAUCCACGCAGUCAACAUCCGCAGCCGGUACCGGUGGUACCACGACGAUGCUGGUCAUGCAACCGAUGCAGCAAACCGCUGCGAGUAUUGCCACUGGCAACGCGCUCAGCAACAGUUUGGUACAAUCUUCUCCUGCCGUAUCGCUUGGCUCCGCAUCCGGCGGUACCGGUCAAACGUCGUUCCUCAUCACGAGCAAUAGUGGCAGUGUUGGUGGUAGUGGCGGCUCCACAGGAACCACUCUAGGAAUGUCCUCCGUUGCGCAAUCACUCGCCGGUUCGAUCUUGCUGCAGUCACCCUCCAUCGCUACCAUUGCCUCAAAUUCUAUCUCAACAUCGUCCGCGAACUCGUCCGCGGCAGCACCGUCGUUACUAUCGUCCGGCAACCCAAUCGUAGUGACGGUUCCGUCGCUAUCGUCCGCCGUAACGGCGGCAGGUAAUCAACCGCAGCAGCAGCAACAACAACACACAGUCGUAACACACGUGCUGCCAACGAGUGUAAACAACAUUAUGGCAUCGACGACUACAACCACACCGAUCGUCGUCUCGGCUGCCGGAGGUGGCUCAACGACGGUACAAUCCGUGAUCCAAGCAGCGCAGAGUGGUCCCGGAAACAGUUACAUUCUGCAGCACAACUCAACGCCAAUCCUGCUGUCGCAUCAACAGAUGCAACAGUUGACCAGUGGCGGAGGGGGUAAUAUCGUGACUGUUGGCGGGCAGCAAGUAGUGACGGCUAAGCAACAUCACGGCGAAACAUAUGUCUUGACGCAGUCUUCGCCGAUGAAGAAGCAGCAGGUCAAUGGUCCGAGCGAUGCUAACAAAAAUGCAGCUGCUGCCGGUGUCACUACACAAAACAUCACCAAGCAGAAGUUCCACGCAUUACUGAGCCAAAACCUUGGCCAAAAGGCGGCCGAUUUGAACAAAAAGCAGCUGGAAAUGAUUCGGAAAGCGCUGGUUUCUACGCCGUUUCUUAAAUCGGCCAAUCACGUUCUAGCCCAGCAACAGCAGCAACAACAGCAGCAGCAGCAGCAACAGCUGCACGGUGAUGCCGGUCUCAUUGGCCACAUUCAGCAAGCGAAUGCUCAGCAACAGCAGCAGCAGCAACAGUCCACCCAACAGCCACAGUACAAUGUGAUCCACCAGAAAUCUCUGAACUCGCCGAUCGCGAUCGUGUCCGCGCAAGGGCCGGGACAACCGGCGCAGAACAAAAUCAUUCUAACCUCCUCGCCACAGUUACUGCAGCAAGCGACAUCCGUUGGUGGAGCAUCGACAGCUGCAAUGCUGGCAGCGGCUGCGUCUCAGGGUAAAAUUCAGCUGACGACUGUGCAGCAAAGCCAAGCGAAUGCUUCGGGAGUGAGUGGUCCCAGUGUGGGAUCUGCUGCCACUACCGGUCCCACGAUUGUUACGCUCGACCAAACGGGUCAAAGUGGUGGCACGGUGCAACAGCAGGUGAAGCUGGACAAAAGCCGUAUCCUUUAUGCCAAUAUCAAGAACAGUCGCGGUCAGUUUCUAGCCCAACUUAACCCAACAAAGGUGGUUAACAUCAUUCAACCGAUGCCCCAGCAGAAGCUUAUCAAUAGUGUCACGCUUCAGCAACAGCAGCAGCAGCAGCAGCAGCAACAGCAACAGCAGCAACAGCAGCAGCAACACCAGCAACAACAGCAAAUUACGCUUCACAACCAACAUGCCAGCAACAGUCUGCAUGGAACUACGACAACGAUUUUAAACAGCAAAGGACAAACGGUGCAGCGCAUCCCGACGGUCAGUAUACGUACCAACCAGCAGCAGCAACAGCAGCAGCAGCAGCAGCCACAACAACAACAGCAGCAAACUAGCCUUCUUGAUACCGGCACUCACACCGUUGUGGUGAAUAACGCAAACAACAUCAAAUUUAUCCAGGCCGCUGCGGCAGCUGCUGCCGCGGCCGCCGGUGGCAAUAGUGGUAUAAACGCAACUAGCAACAGUACUAAUGCUACCAACAAUACCGCCGGCCGCCAGGUGAUCAACGUUUCGUCGGCUCCCGGUCCGGCCAGUGGCGUCCCAACCGUCGUUACGAUCUCAUCUGCUGUGACGAGCGGUGCAAGUGCGGAUGUAAGUUCAACUGGCAACGGAAGCGGUGGUGGCGGCGGAAGUAGCACCUCUAGCAGCCUUCAACCGACAUCUGUACCCAGUAGCGUCGCGUCGUCGAUAGCAGCAACCGUCGUCGGUAACAAUAUCGGCGGCGUAGCCAACAGCAUUUCAGUUGCCUCGCACGGUAACGCUUCUCCGUCCGUCGCCAGUACCACCUCGACGGUAAUGGCUGGUGGAGUUGGCAGUGGAACGACUGCGGCUGUGGCAACGACCCUCAGCGGUGUUGUUGCAUCCAGCAACAGCGUCGUCUCGCCUGCGGUCGGGUGCAGUAACGGCGGUGGUGGUGGUAAAGCGAAUGCUUCAGCCAGUAUAAACAUUACCAAUAGCAGAACGCCGCAGAACCGGCUCGGUGAGCGAAUGAUAAGAAUUAGAUCAAGUUUGGGCAAUGCAAAUCACAAAAAAUCGGACUGAAACCACCGGGCUCGGGAUUGAGUUGUUCAAAAUUGAUGAUCGGCGUUCUGCUCUGCUGCUACUGCUAGACCCACUACCACUUCUACUACUACUACCAUCACCACCACCACCACAACCAUUACCAUCGACAUCAUCUUACCGUCCGGUCCUAAGCCCUUCCGCCUCUCUAGCUCAUCGGUACGGUGUGAAUCCCAUGGGCCGUAGGUCCGCUGAAGACACGUGUGUGUGUGUGUUGUGGCAAGGGCGCGAACGUGUGCCGCUCGUAUACGGCUCGACUUGAGUUCAACAAAAGAGGGGAAAAAUCGUGGAAGAAAAACGUUUGUUAGUAAACAGUAGUCAGAAAUGGGUGGGCUGGGCAAACAGGUUGAGUUUAGAUUCUUUUAAUUUUCUAAAAGAAUUCUACGUAAGUAAUAGUCUGCUAAAAAAGAGAAGGCAGAGAGAGACAGAGAGAGAGAGAUAUGAGGGGCGGAAGCUAAACACACUCGGUUACGCUUUAAGAGAGGAUACUCGACCACUCACAGGAAACCGAUCGUAGGCGUUACUGUGAGAUGGUGGAAGUAUUCCGUACUAUUAAGAAUCUAUCUUGAAAGAAUUGCGGAAAGCCGCGCUCACCGCCAUUGUGAAUAGAAGUGCGAGAGGGUACUAGUUUGUUAGUUGUGUUCUCCAGUACAUUUCGCUAGCUUUAGUGCGUGACGGGUUCAAUCAUAGUUGAUCAUGUCAGGAGAGAGGAUCGAACGCCGGAGACAGAUAAUCGUAUAUUCGAGGAAACCACACUUAUGGACGCACCUAGGCACCACUCCCAUUACACUACUACUAGUAUAAAUAGUAAGCAAGUAAAUGGCGAAAAAUAUUUGUGCUUACCUGUCCAGCGGAAUGUCCUGCGGGAACAGAACGGCGACGGUUCCUCCGCGACUGAGAGGAAGAUGUAAUUAAUACCGGGAAAAUGUGUAUAUAUAAAUAUCUAUUUCUAGUUCUAGUGUACCAUUAGCAAUAUAAGUGACUCCCUUCCUCGAUACUCCCGCCCUUCCACUUUCCAUGUAAGAAGCGGUGCGAGAAACCACGCGAGCAUUCGAGAGAGGGGCAGCAGCGCACGAAGUCGAACGAGUGGCGGUGUGGCAGCGUGUCACACAUUCGAUGAAUAACAUAAAAACAAACUGGAAACUCCUUACUACUGCGUGACAAGACCAAGCAAUUCCAUGAAAGAAGCAGAUAAGCAGCAGCAGGUGCGUGCAGCUUGGAAAUCUUAGAAGACGAAACGAAAAUCGAAUGGGAAUGGGUUGGGUAGUCGUAGUCGUCUGCUGUACGCAAGGAAAGAAUAACAAAAAGCACAGAAACGCCAUAUUUCGUAAAUCUCUUAUUAGGCGCCUCCGCUCUUGCCGAUUGUGUAGAACUUUCCUGCUCGAUGCUUUGCCGCACACCACCCGUCCUGUCGUGCAUGUGUAUGUGCGCUUUGUUUUGUUCUUGUGGUAAAAGUCUGAUCUACUUUUUCCUCUUUUUUAUGUUUUUCUUCUUCUUUUAUUCGGUUUUGUUUGCUUUCGUCUUUCGGGUUGUCGUUGUCUUUCGGACUUUACAUAUUUCCGCUCACUGAUCGUCACUUCCUUCCAGCGGCUUCAUUUUUUCUGGGUCUCGACUCUAUUCUACCGUUGUUCCUAGCCUGCGGGUAUCCGUUUGAUUCUAUUCGUUACGUCACCUGACAAUAGUUUAAUUUCGUAGAGCUUUACUAUCUUUAUCUCCUUAGGACUACUUCGUCCCUGUUCUCUGUGUCAUUGUCUGUCUGUGAUGUCGUAGUGUCGUCUGUUCCAUUGUACCAUUAUUUUGAAUUAGAAAAAUAACAAAGGAAAAAUAAUACUGUGAAUAGUAACAACAGCGUGUAGUAGUUGUGUCAGUAAACAAUCGAUCGUUCAAAUCGAGAGAUAAGAAAGGUGAAGCCAAACGUUUACCAUAGUGAGAGAGCGAAGCAUAUGCGAGCGAACGAGGAGCAUAGGGUACACUUCAGUGAGAAGCAGUCUCGUUAUAUUGAAAUAAUAUUCAUUACUAGAUAAUAUUCACGAUAAUAAUAACGAAUAUUAGGUCACAUGUCACUACCACUACUACUGCUAUUACUACGCGAUACUACAACUGUGCUACUACAGCUGCUGCUGCUGCUACUGCUGCUGCUACUGAUGCCGCUAGAUAUCUUCUGAACUAGCGGCUUUAUGCUUCUGGCAUAGGGCAUGGCAUAGCGCGCAGGUAGUGGGAUUUUGAAGUAAAUCUCGAUGCUGUACGUUAUGUGCAGAAUCGGUUUUCAGCACACUCCAUCGCACCGUCGUUACUUCUUCGAUACGUGAUCAGAAGAGCUCUUCAGAUAACUCUAUUCAUCCUCAUUCCAAUCGCUCCUGUCCCUUAAGUCCUCUGGCGAACAAUAGUUUCAUGUCGCAUGCGCUCUUCUAUACAGGAUCAGUAGUCAGUCAGUCCGGUCAGGUUACUCGCAAUCGCCGGGGACGUCGAAUCGGUACAGUAAUCGAAACGCAAGCAGCUUAAACAGUCGAGAAUUGGAGUGGCGGUUUGGCAGUUAGAUAAUUAAUAUGUAUAUUUAAACAUAGUACUAACGAUAAUAACAAAAACAAUUGUUUUAAAUUGUUUCCUCUAAAUUGUACGCCACUUUGGAUGGCCCUUUGUCGGCACGCACGCUUGGUAUCGGUCUCGAAAUAUUCCACUGGAAAGUAAGAUGAGCUAGUGCAGCCGAUGAUGCAUCAGUUGAUGGGCGCGGAAUCGUUUGCCACGCGGUAGAUUGAAUGCCAACGGUAAUGCGGUAGGCACCGGUGCAUAUACAUUACAUGUAAAGAAGUGCAGAUAGAUGGUUGCUUCAGCGUUUUAUCGAUCUUUUCUGCGAGGAAAUUGAUCAUGUAGCUACUCUGUUUCCGGUACGCAGUCAUUGGAUUUUGAUUCCACAUGCACACGAUGCGUUUCCAGGACCACGUUUCUUCCUUACGUUGAUCUUUCGACUCACCUGCAUCAGCAAUCUGUGCGGUGCGGCGAUAAGCGUGUAACGUGUAUAGUGCAGUUAGUCCAACGGUAGAAGCAUUGUGUUUGUUAUCGCACUGGAUGUAACUAUGUGGCGUGCUGGUACCCAAGGGCUAGAGGAUCGCACUUACAGAACGAUCCUACCAUCACACGACGACACACCGUGCUACAGAGAGUUUGUUCGAAGUGCGCGCAAUGCUUAAAGGAUGAUGGAUAGUGCAAACAACGUCCUUCGAUUGUCCUUCCCAACAGAGCAUCUGGUCUAUCUUAUGGCAAGACACAGCAGCAUGGAACCUUCUUCACUGUGUACUUGUGCGUAAGCAAACGCUUGCAAUUAACAAUAAACAGAAAUGGUGUAAAACUACUAGACAUAAACGGGUGAAAAAUGUGGGUGGGAGAGACAAGUUUAGUCAGAAAAAUUGUUUUGCGCGACUGGGGAGAAGCAUCGCGAAAUGAAGAGAAAAAAAAUUCACAGUCAACAAUGCUAGGCAAACUAAUAAAGCUUUCCGAGGCUGUAAGGUGUUUGUAAUGCAGAGAAAUAGUCAAACGAACCGGAUUAAUCGGACACUUUGGUUCAAAUCUCGUGUACUAUCGACACUUGAGCAACAACCAAACUAAAAUGGAAACAAGGUGGAGUGAGAAAACCCGAAAAACUGUCGCGGAAGGACUGCCCGUAACGGUUGCCUCCUCGCGGCGGCCACUUUCCUGUGUUCGGUUAGGCUGGCACAUCGGUAACAAAUGCUGUGUGUGUGGCGCUGCAAGUGACGGCAAUGAGGAUGAAGGACGAAUGAACGGACGGGACGGGCGAGCAAACAUAAAUCCUUCAGUGAGAAUAAACGAUAACAAAUCAAUAAGUAAAUAAAAGAGGUAAGCAAAUGGGGGCUAGCGGGCGGUGUAAAAGGAUAGGGACGACGAAGCCGACGGCCCAUUUAGACAGAAAAUAGAGGAUGUUUCGGUUUAGCGAGCAGACAGGGGAAAGCAUGAAUCCGUUACAUCAUAAUACACAGAUGAAUAAAACAGGCAGAAGAAACACAAAUAAAAAAAAAGAAAUGCAAGUAUUAUCCUUAUGACGAGAAACCAAUCAAUAAUAAAUGAUGGA